AUGCAUCUCGGCGAGGCCAUCGGCACGGCGUGCGGCGCCUUUGCCGCCACCAACAUUGACGACAUCUUUGUCCUCGUCACCUUCUUCGCCGAGUCGGCCACCAACAAGCGCAUGUCGCCGCUCAACAUCGUCAUCGGACAGUACGUCGGCUUCACCGCCAUCACCGUCAUCAGCAUGAUUGGCUUCGGCAUCUCGCUCGCCCUGCCCUCCGAGCCGAUUGGAUUCUUGGGGUUCCUGCCCAUGCUGCUCGGCUUCUGGGCCCUGUUUGACCUGCUCCUGUCCCGCGGCGACGACGACGAUGAUGAUGAAGAAGGACAAGAUGGGGAGCACUUCCAAAUGACACACGCGACGCGUAUCAAAGUCAUUAUCAAAGUCGCCACGAUUACGCUCAUCAACGGAGGCGACAAUAUUGGCACCUACAUCCCGCUCUUUUCGCAAACGCGAGGCGCCGAGAUCGCAGUCUACGUCGUCGUGUUUUAUAUCGGCGUUGGUGUAUGGUGCGCGGCCGCCUGGCUGACCAUGAAGCAGAGGCACAUUCUGAUGGUUGCGCAAAAAUACGCGGAAAAAAUCAUUCCCUUUUUAUACAUGGGCUUGGGCGUGUUUGUCAUUGUCAAAUCAGACUGUUAUCCGUGGUCGAUGGAGCACAUCAACCGAAAGCUGGCUUCACAUCCUGGACGAUUAGUACUCGCCCUCUGCACGACCGGGUUCUUGCUGAUAUCUAUUGGCAUCUUAUUUGCAGUCAGGUGGAGGAAGAGACAAAAAGAAAUUGCUGCAGUGGCAGCGGCCGAAAACGGCGCGACUGACGCGACGGAGCUGUCAGAGGUUGGGCCGCGGCCGUCGACAGAAAGAACGCAAGCGGGCGGCGAUGCCGGGCCGGCGUCGGAGAAGCCGACUACAGCAACUACAGCAGAUACGUCAUUAACCAGUACGAUGCUGGCAGAGGACGAAAGAAAACAAAUACCGCCUUAG